AUGGGUCUCGAAGACGAUGGGAGCAGCGUCGAGGACGCGCCGAGCUACGGGCAAUACCAGCUGCAAAUCUAUGCGCAGGGCAUCUUUGGCGGCGUCAAGCCAGCUAUUACGACAGACCCCAACAAGCUGCGGGAGCAGGCCCAAAAGGCCAUGUCGCCCGAGGCCUUCAACUACAUUGCCGGCGGCGCAGGCGAGGGUGCAACUGUCGACGCCAAUCGCCUCGCCUUUCGCCAGUGGAAGAUUGUCCCGCGUAUGCUGCGGCCAACGGUGCCGCGGGAUUUAAAGGUUGAGCUGUUUGGGCGGACUUACCAAACGCCCAUCCUUCAAGCCCCCGUGGGCGUCCAGUCCGUUUACCACGCGGACCGGGAGAUUGGCACGGCGUCAGCAUGCGCCGAGCUAGGUGUGCCAUAUAUCAUGUCAACGGCAUUAUCUUCGACGAUCCAGGAAGUGGCCUCGGCGCUUGGGGGAGGGCCAGGCUUUGACGGUGGCCCACCGCCCUGGUUCCAGCUGUACUGGCCAGUCGACGAUGAGAUUACAGGUUCCAUUCUGCAGACGGCACAGGCGGCCGGCUUCGAAGUCCUCGUCGUCACCCUCGACACGGCAACCAUGUCGUGGCGACCCGCGGAUCUCGACCGCACAUUUCUUCCCUUCAUCGAAGGCAUCGGAAACGCCGUUGGGUUUGCGGACCCCGUCUUUCGGCGCAAGUUCGCCGAACAACAGGCCGCGGAAAACGAAAAUGACGGUACCACCGCAACGCCCGAGGACAACGUCGCCGAAGCGUCGAGGUACUGGAUUCGCGAAGCCUUUUCAGGAGACAGUCAUCCGUGGCGCGACCUGGCAUUGCUACGUCGGCACUGGGGAAACAAGCCAAUUGUGCUCAAGGGCAUCCAAGAUCCGCGCGACGCCGUGCUGGCGCUGCAGGCGGGCAUGGACGGCAUCGUAGUCAGUAACCACGGCGGGCGACAGUGCGAUGGAGCUGCGGCAUCGCUCGACAUGUUGCCUGAAAUCGUCGACGCCGUUGGUGACCGGAUGACGGUGCUCUUUGACUCGGGGAUACGAACAGGGGCUGAUGUCUUCAAAGCCCUGAGCUUGGGCGCCAAGGCCGUGUUGUUUGGCAGGCCAGUCAUGUAUGGUCUGGGUCUUGGCGGCAAGGACGGGGCGAGACACGUCUUGGCCUCGAUCCUCGCAGACUUGGACCAGACACUCGGUCUUGCUGGCGUCAAGAGCGUUUCCGAGUUGAACAAGACGAAUCUGCGACGAGUAUCAUAUCCGGGAGAUAUCAAGUCGAGCCUGUAA